UUCCGCGAUCAAGUCUUAGAGCUUUCACCGGUCAAGUUUCUUCUCUCGCUAUCCAGCCCUCCGAGCCAAGUAAGUGUCCCCUUCCUUCUCUACUUUCCCGGUCAUGUCUUCUCUUAGCGAUAGGGUCUCUUUCUCAGAGGACUGCUCCUCUGAGAAUUCAAACUCCUUUUCCUCGACCGGGUCUUCUUCUUUGAACUCUUCGCCCGGUCAGGUUCCCCAGUCCUCCAUUCCUGACCCGCAUCCCGUCAAUCAGAUGCCCGGUGAAACCUUUGUGGGGAGGGAUGACCCGGUUGAUGACGAACCGGGUCCCUAUGAUCCCGAACAUGAAACCCGGGAUGCGUGGGAGGCGCGGCUUCAUGCUGCCGAUUACUUUCCACUCCCCACCUUCUACGUCCUUGACAUACCUUCCCGUGUAUCCAAAAUUGCCUUAAACAAAAUCCGUAGGAGGCUCCCGGAUGGGUAUACCCUCCUCUACGAACCUAACUGGCCUAAUAUCGUUGAACCCCACCGGGAGGAUAGGAUAGGGUUUCAUACCAUUUCCCUGGACGCGAGCAUAGUCUUUCCCCCUCGCUCCCUCCUCAUUGAAGUCUGCCAUGCGUUUAGGAUUUUGCUCGGUCAAAUAACUCCUAACGCCCACCGGUACCUCCAUUCCUUCGUAAAUAUUUGUACCCAUCUGAAAAUCUUCCCCUCUUUGCGUCUUUUCCUUUUUUGUUUCGAAGUCCUACCGGGCGGAUCCGGCUGCGAAGGCUUUGUUUUCUUCAAAGCCCGUACCGGUAGGAAGUUCAUUUCCGAAGUCCCCCAGAGUAACCGGGGAUGGAAGGAAAAAUUUGUUUUCAUCGAGUUUCCCCCCUUCUUCACUCCUCUGGCCGGUCUGAGAUGGAAUGACCAUCUGCUCGACCAAGAGUACACUACACCGGCUUCCUCCCCAGACUUGGAAGCGAAUCUUGAGGUCCUCAUGCGUGGGGAUCCUUUCACCGGGAGGACUUUCCAUUAUGGCAGCUGGGUUUGGAGGGUCGAAUCGGGUGGCGAGGGUACCUCCCAGGCCCAUGACGCAGCGGGGCGCGGGGUACCCUCCCCGGGCAACACUGCGGAGGCUGAGGGCAACUCCCACCCAGAUAUGGAGUUUGAGGAGUUCGCUAUCCCCGAGGACCAACCAGUCGGGGAGACCGGGGGCUCCCAAGCCAAUCCUGCCAGGACUUUCCCGGUCAAUCCAGAGACCGUGGAAAUCCUGGAUGAGGAUGAGCCCCAAGACGACCGGUCUAAGGGGAAGGAGAAGGAGAAGGCCGGUCGCCGGGUGAAGAAGGUGGCGACCACGCACCCUUCCUACGCCAAGAAAAGGGCAAGGUCAGAUCCUGAGCCGGCCGGCCAGACUAUCGAGGAGGCCUUCAUCAACCUGGGGCUAAGGCUAAAGGAGGUAAGUCCUGCUGCUAUCCCGGUCAUGAUCCUUUGUCGUUGUUAUCCCAUUCUCACCGGGCUUCUUCUUCCUUUUGUGCAGGCGGGGGAGAUUGGACCCUCGACAGCUGACCGGCUUGGCUUAGGCUCUCCCUCCGAGUUUGCCCGGCUGAAGAAGGAGAAGGAGGAGAUGACCCUCCUCCUGAGGAGCCAGGCUGAAGAGCUGAUCCGGCUGUCUGGGCUGGCCGGGGCAAUGAAGACUGAGAUCUCCCAACUGAAGGAGGAGAAUGGCCGGCUUCUGGACGAAGUCUCUGAAGCCAAGAGGGAACUGGCGGAGAAGGAAGAAACCUUCCCCGGGCGCGCAGCUGCCUGGGUGGAAGAGAAUAAGGCUGAAGCUGCCCGGGUGAUGACGGCAAGCCCGGAAGCGACCAUGGAAUCCUUCAGGCUCUUGUACCGGGAGCCUGAAGGAAAGAAGAUGAUUACCGCUAUUGGGUCCUUCGGAUUCAAGAGUGGUCAGAAGAAGGACCGGGCUGCCUGCCACCGGAUUUUGAAGAAAAGAGACCCAGAGUUCUCCGCAGCUUCUUACGGCCUGGCAUCCAUCCCGGAGGAAGAGCCUACUCCCCCCUUUCCCCUAGAUUAAGAACUCCCCGGCCUUGACCGGUUGCUUUGUAAACUUAAAACUCGUUUCCCCGGGAAUGCCCGGUGUAAAUGUAAAACAUUUAACAUUCUUAUUUCGUUUUGUACCGGUUAAUCUUCCACUUCUGAUUGCUUGUUUGAUUUACUUUUUUGAUCUUGCUCCUUAGAAUACCAUCAUAGAACUUCUGACCGGUAUAUAAGUUAGGCCACUUCUCAAUUGUUUUCGACCGGUGGAACUUCCAUG